AUGCUUGCCUCGUCGUUCUUGUACGGCCUCUUGGCGGCAGCUUCUGCCGUCAAUGCCCACCGCCACUCCAAGGACAUCGACUACACGGUCAUUACUGGCAUCUUUCAGCAGGAUGACAACUCUACCAACCCUGCCACGUUCAACUUCACCGCCAGCAACUUCGGCCUCAUCAACCGCACCUAUCCAACUGACGCGACCUGCCCAGACGGCAAGAAAUCGACCCAAUGGCAGCGUCUUGCUCACUACAUCUCUACCCUGAACAAGCAGUCUGCGCGCAAUGAGCGCUACAGCCUUGUCUUCAUGGGCCGCCACGGCGAAGGCUUUCACAAUGCUGCUGAAUCCUUCUAUGGUACUCCAGCAUGGAACUGCUACUGGUCUGAGCUCGACGGCAACAGCACCGUCAUAUGGGCCGAUGCAAAGCUCACCGAAGUCGGCAUACAGCAAGCAAAGCUCGUAAACGCAUUUUGGCAGCACUUGCUCAAGGACGAGAAGAUUUCCCCGCCAGAAUCCUUCUAUACCAGCCCUUUGUAUCGCUGCCUCGACACUGCAAAACUUACCUUUGACGGAGUCAAGCUGCCCAAAAAGACGCCUUUCGUUCCGGUUAUCAAGGAGUUUCUUCGCGAAGGCAUCAGUGCGCAUACUUGCGACCGUCGCCGUACCAAGUCGUCCAUCCGCAAAAACUUCCCUUCUUUCAAGUUUGAAAAGGGAUUCGCAGAGGAAGACCCCUACUGGACCGAGCUAUUCGCUGAGCCCCGAGCGAACCAGGACGCACGCUCCAAAGCCGUGCUUGAUGACAUCUUUUCCAGCGAUGACAGCACGUAUAUUUCCAUUACUUCGCAUUCGGGCGGCAUUUCCAGUCUGCUACGCGUCCUGGGCCACCGCGAAUUUAGACUCAGCACUGGAGCCGCCAUUCCCGUCUUGCUCAAGGUCACUACUCUAAACACGCGUCCUCCCCCAACGACAACAUUGCCUUAUGGUCCCCAAAAGACAUGCGCCGUACCCCCUGCUAUUCGCGACCCGAGCUGCAAUGACUGUUCUUGCUGCUCAUAA